UGCUGAUGGUUGAGCACAUUCUCCCUUACUUGUGCUCAGCGCCCCCUCUCGCCUCUGCCACAGUCACAUCUGCAGCAGGAAGGGUCUGUGGUUCCCCUCUGGUGACGCUGAGGGUGGGGGCGUAUCUUGCCCCUUCUCCUUGAAACCUCGGGCAAUUCCGUCUCCGGAGCAAGUCCAUCCCCUGGCUUGUUUGCAGGUGCAGUGCAGAGGAGCUACACCUGCCCUCCGCGCCCGCCCAGCCUGGCCACCUUCUGGAACGUGGGCGGUGGCGGCGGCUGCUGCAUCACAAAGGCGCCCACGCCGGAGCGACCCCGCGCUGCGAGCGGUCCCGGCGCUGGAGAGGCCGCGGGGAGUCGGGAGUGGGCUGCAUCCGCCAUGGUCUCCGUCGGGACCAACACGGACCUCAAAGGGCUUGUUCACUGCCAUUUGCCAAAGUUAUCACACAAACAUGGGAUGAUUCCAACGCAUUACGUGAUGCCCUGGAAAGAAGACACGAAGAACAGGAAAUUCACUUUAAAGCAUGCAGAGGUUGUUGGGGUAUAUACUGGUGCCACAGAAGAUAGUCUGUUUUUGGAGCACAGAGAAAGACUUUGCCAUGGAGAAGAAAGAAAACACAUACGGGAGAAAAUUCCUCAGGAAAUAAUGAUUGCAGAUAUUCCCAUAUAUUCUCAUCUCUCCAGGUACCAGAAGUCUGUGAUUGCUCAUGCAUGGAGGAUGAAACUCUGACCUGCUUUUUCCCUCAAUACAGUCAUGUUUGAACUGUAUAGGCUAUGAAGUUUAAAUCUGCUGCAAGAAAAAAACUGUGUGGUGGUUUUUUUUCUCUCUUUAAAAUAGAAUUAACAUGUUUUUAAAGCUGAUUAGAUGUUCUAUUUGAAAUGAAAAAUAAGUUCUGUCUGGAAUUUGACCUGCAUAUUUUUGAUUAGGGAAGGGAAAAUCUCAAAAGUUUCAGACUUCCCAGUUUGAUUUAGAUAAGGCGCAUACAGACAUUUGGAUGCUUAUCUGAAGUUUAUACAAACCUUUAGACUCUACUCAGCUUUCCACCACCAUCUCCAAGAGACUGGUAUCAAUCCCAUUCUUAAUCCUCUAUUGUUUUCUUGGAGAGAGUCCCACUAGCUGUCUACCAGCCCUCCUUACAUCUUCUAAGGGUGAUUAGCUAGCUUCUUCUCCUGGCUCUUCAGGGGGCAGCUGGCUGGUUCACUUCCCUCUUCCUUUUGUUUAGGUGAUAGGGGGAGGAAUGCAACUAUCUCCAAAUGCUAGGCAGGUAGCAACAUCAGGAUCUGGAAAUUGUCCAACUGAUACUGUUGCAGCUGUUGCACUUGACUCCGCUCUAGGUCUGAAUUGCUUCCAAGUAUAUUAUAGUAAAAAGAAAUUCCCAUUAUUGGCUGAAGGAGGAAUUAUGGGUUUACAAAGCCACUGAAAUCAUGGGGAAGUAAAGGAGACAAAAUUUGGAGAAAUACUAAAGGGUCAUCAGUUAAAAAGGUGCUGAAAGGCUGAACAAAUAUAAAUGGAAAUAAAUAAAAUACAUAAAUGAGAACAGUUGGUUCCAGUCAUACAGGAGCUCUCUGUAUGGAAUCAAUUCCACUUGUCAAUCAAGAACAGAUGCCAUUAAAAUGAUUUAAUUGAAUUUUGCAUUAUAAUGGCUCUUUAGUCAUAAUUGCUUAUUCUAAAAAUGCCACAGGUUCAAACUUCAGAGAGUGAGAAAUGGGGAAGAAAGAAAAUGAAAAACCCUUUAAAUUUAAAAGCUGCUAAGUAUUUAUAAAUGUUCUGGGAUAAAAAACAUACUUUUGCAUAACCAGUUUUGUUUAUAUUUCACAUCUGCUGAAAGGAAGACAAUUAAGAAAUUUUGGGCUUGACAUUUUUAUACGCUAAUAACAUUUAAAAAAAAUACAUUGGCAUGUAAUUUUAAAAUAUUGCUCUCUUCACAAAUACACAUUAUUUCAAAUUGUGAUUAAAUCUAACAGUAUAAAACUUUCUGCUCUGGGUUGAAGAGGAUUUCCCCUCUCCCCCCCCGACUAGAUCAAAAGCAGAAAGGAGCUGUCUUCAAAGCCUACGUACUUAUAAAUUAAAAUAUAAAGUCACCAUGAGCAAAUGAGCAGUAGGGUUUCAAGAACAUUUUUAUACAUAGUUAAAAUGUACUCAAUAUUUUGUGUCUAGAAAUAUUAAUGACAAAAUAGUUUUUCACCCUAAGUGGUUCCAAAUCUGAAAUACUUUCAUUUUUUUUUUUAAGAAAGAAUAUAACAUUACAUUUUUAUUGCUUAUGGCUUUUCCCUUCAGAGCUACUGUAGUUGUGGAUAAAAUCUGCAGCUGACAUAAUUUUCUUUUAUAGAUAAGGAAAUAAAAAUAUGACCUAAAGCAUCACUCCCAAAAACUAUGAGUCAGAUUGGCGUCCCUGCGACAUCAGCACGCCGGGACGGUAAAAGGCUUGCAGCUGGUUGGAAGGAGAAUGUUCCUGAUAAUGAGCAUUGUGCUGGGCUGCCAUAAGCAGCUCUACUCAACUCCCCGCCCCCUUGUGCCCUGGUACAGGGUGUGUGUCAGGGUUGGGGGCAUGUAGUGCUGUGUUAAUUUUGAUGGAAUAAAUGGGCCCAGAGAGUCAAAGGUGUUAACAUAGCCCUAUGACUGUACAAUGAUAAACAAUUAAAUGUUUUGGGAGGGGUUGAAUACAGAGACUUUGGCCUGCUUAAUUCCAUGGCAACUACCUCCAUUAUAUAUCUUUAUUAAAGAUACAGAAAAAGAAGAAUAAAGAAUUUGAAAUGUGAAGUACUGUAUUAAGUAAGGUUUUCAUUUUAACAAUAUUCCUUAUUCCCCUUUGCUCUAACUACAGAGUUUCUUAGGGGAAACUGCCUGUUAGACAGUUUUUUAGAUGGUAUUAUAGAUAACAAUGAUCCUUCUUGGGGAAAAGAGAAAAUUAGUUGAGAUGAUCUGGCGGUGUUGUUGCAAACUGAUUCUGCUUCCUUUAAAGAAACAAAAUAACCCAAAUGCACACAGAAAGGGACAGAAAAGAACAGUGAUAUUAAAUGCAGCUCCUGUCUUUGGUGCUGACUCUUAUUUACAAUUUCACGGCUAAAAAAAUAGACAUGGCACCCUAUCUUAUUAGCCACUCCAGGACCUAGCAAAUUUGUACCAGCAUUGAGCUGUAUAAGGCCUGGUUUACACUGGGGGGGAGGGAGAUUGAUCUAAGUUACACAACUUCAGCUACGUGAAUAACGUAGUUGAAGUCGACGUACUUAGAUGGACUUACCGUGGUGUUCACCGCGGUGAAUCAACUGCUGCCACUCCCCCAUCCACUCCGCCUGUGACUUUUGCGGCAGUGGAAUACAGGAGUCGACGGGAGAGCACUCAUGGAUUGAUUUAUCACAUCUAGACUAGACACGAUAAAUCGACCCCCGCUGGAUCGAUUGCUGCCCGCCGAUCCGGCAGGUAGUGUAGACAUACCCUGACAUUGCUUUUAGCUACCUCUUGGGUCACAGGCUCACGGCAUUGUUGCAAAAGAGACAGUCUUGACCAACUGAACUAGACUUUUAUUAAACAGAAGGCAAAAAGAGAGAGAGGAAAGAAAAGAAAUAAGGUGGGGAAGGAAAAUGAUGUGGAAGGGAUGAGGGUAGUGGGUGAGUGACAGCAGGAACUCAAGUGUCACAUCCCAGGUGGUAUUCAAGAUUUAGUGGAAUCCACUGGAAGCGGUAGGGUGACCAGACAUCCUAAUAUUAUCGGGACAGUCCCAAUUUUAAGGGACUUGUCCCGCAUCCUGACCUUACAUUGGUCGGGAUGCCCUUUGUCCCGAUAUUGGGGACCGUCUGGACCGCAGCUGCGGCGCCGCCGCUCACUACUUCCUGGGGCAGUUCCCAGAGCCCACCUGCCAGCAGGAGUGCCACAAGCUCCAAGGGCGGGGCUUGCAGGCACCGGGAGCGGGCAGAGGGCCCUCUGCCCCCGCCACUCCCCACCCAACCCGACCCGCAACCCUAGGAGCCAGAGGGACCAGCUUGCCGGAUGCUUCCCGGGAUGGGAGCCACCUCAGGUGAGCACCGCUGGGACUCCCCACCUCACCCCCGGCAGGUCCCUCUGGCUCUUAGUGUGCGGGGGGCUCUGCAUGCUGCUGGCACCUGCAAGCCCCGCUCCGCGGCUCUGGCAGCUCCGAUUGGCGCUUUUCCCGGCCAAUGGAAGCCACCGACCUCGCGCUUGGGGCUCUGGACAUAGUGGAUCCAGGGGGUGCUGGGCAGGGGAGCUGUGUGGCUCAGCAUGGGCCCACCCCCAACAGGAAGGGGCACGCUGGUAGCACAUGGACCAGUGUGCCUCUGGCUCCGGUCGAGGCUGUGCACUGUGUCUGUCUGUCUCUUUGCCCUCCCCACCCCCCGCCCCUCCGCUCGCCCAAUAUGUCCUGAUAUUUCACUCUUGAGAUCUGGUCACCCUAGGAAGCGGUGAUGUCAUCAGUCCCCUGUCUCUGGCCCAGUCUAGUCUGAACAUCUUUCAGGAUCACAAUGAUGAAGGCCCAGAAUGUCAGGGUGGAUCCCAGGUCCCCAAGAAAUGGUGAGAGCAGCUGACAUGGUGAACCUUGCCCUUCAGUCCAACUGUCCCCAGUGUUUUUCACACCCCCACCUAAGGUCUUUUUUUAAGGACCCCAAAAGGGAGUGAUGGGUGCAAUAGUCUAUCCCCUAAUUAUUUGCUCCACCAAUUAGACCUAAUUUCCAAUGCACCAGUGUUAGGCCAUUAAUUUCCAGUUCCAUUCUCCUCUUGUUUACCAGUCAUCUCAACACAAUCCUUGGGUUGCAUCAGUAGACUUUAAUUUGAACUCAUUCAGUCUGUCUUUAACUUUUACUGACCUUUAUAAAUAAUUGUAUAUAACAGGCUGAGCUGGACCUUUGUUACCUUGAACAACUUAGAGUACAGGCCACUGCACAACAGCAGGGCAUAACAUUACUGGCAUUCUUGGUAGCAUGGCUGCCCAUAGGCAGUCCAGGAGAGGCUGCUGUAAUUUAGGGCACCUCCUGGGCCUAAGUUACUCCAAAGGCCAUUUCAGUAGCAUUUCAGCCCCGGAAGCAGCCCAGAAUCGAAUGAGGGGUGGAAUUAACAUUCUGGCAUUUCUGAACUAUUGAGUGCUUGACUUUGCAACCUUAGUGCUCUUUUAACAUAAGUUUCUGUGUGUAAUUUAUUUUAAGACGUGGGUACUAGAUACACAGUCUAAUUGGUUUAGUAGUCUGAUUUUUUUGCAUUUGAAGUCAAGCAUUUGAAGAGACGCCAUCAUCUUCAGGGCUCCCAAAAGUGUCACCUAUCAUAUAUCUGUUGUGCAAUCUUCUUCGUGUUCUAAAACAGUGGUCUCCAAACUUUUUUGAUUGUGCACCCCUUUCAGUAAAAAUUUUUUGAGCACGC